AUGGCCGAUCAAAAAAUGAUUCAGCGCUGCCAACUGAGCAGCGCCGCGAAUUGCUUUCUCAACUCUCACCGCAAAAAUGACAAUGCUAAAUUCCUUUCAAUGAGUAAUCCUACAGCGCCUUAUUACGAUGGUAACAAUUGGAAAUCGGCUGUUUCUGUUGCGACGGAGCUCGAGCGGCAUAGCUAUUCUGCGGUUACGGAUUGUCGGCGCGUCAUGGCGCAGAUAGAUGACUCGUUUAAGAGAAUAGAUCUUGGUUAUGGAACGGCAAAGAAGGUAGAUCCUACACCCGAAGCGCGGAAACUCAUACAACGAGGCUCUGCCAGAGCUACCACUAUCCGUGCACACUUGCAGACACCAUUCGUUUUAAAUCCCACCCCAAAUCGCGUUUCCAAAUGGCCUAGCCGCUAUGAAAAUUCUCACCUCUCCGAGCACACUGGCAGGUUGGGGAUACCGGCUGAUCGUGAUCGUAGAGACAUGCAUUGGAGCGGGGAACGUUUGAAUAUCAUAAGAGCAAGCGCUGACAACAAGGGACACAAAAAUCAACGAUAUUCCCCACUGGAUUACUAUGGUACUAUAUUACACUACAUGUAUAGUCCCAAUCGUCCUGGUGAAAAUGUGCUUGUUCUAAAUGCGAUGGCUCUACAUUGGUGGGAUAAAGUACCAGACACUAUGGAAGGAAUCAAUAAUGAACUCUCCAAUGGAAUAGAGAAUAAGAAGAAGGAGAAAGCCGGAAAAAGCUUGUCCAAGCUGGAAGGUAUUUUUCGACGUAAUCAGCUCAAGAGAAAACGAAUUGUUGCAGCCGAUAAAGGUGCAAAGAAAGCACAGAGAAUGGCCAAUCGUCACAGAGAAUUCAAGAAGUCCGAGUUCCUCCGGGAGCAGAUUGAGCGGUUCGAAUAUGUAAAGGAAAGAGGAGGAGAUGGUUAUUUGGAAGUUAACCAUCAUUUGAGUGCGGUGCCCGGAUACAUGUAUCAUGAGUUUAAAAGUGAGCGUCUGCUGGGCACAGGAUUGUGGAACGGGAUUGGACCUGGUAAUGGAGCCAGACGUGAACGCCUAGGUUCUGUAUGGCGUCAACAUGACCUUCAUGGUGUGUAUAGCUCGUUGAGGAUGGUGAGUAAUGCUAGUAGCGACUUUCAAGAAAAGUACGUCACGAAAGCUACUUAUGGUCCAUCAACUUCGAUACAUACAGUAGAUGACUGGGCCGAACCAAUGGAGGAAGAGUCGGAUCCAGAUGACAUAUAUUCAGACGAGACAGAAUUAGAUGAGACAUCUUUAGGCGAGACACAUUUCGCGACAAAUUCCAAUGAGUGUGAAAUAGCGGAGGAUGAGUCAAUAGAAGAUUAUAAGAUGAAAACGAGAGCGGAAAUGAUCUGGACGGCGUCCCAUCAAUAUGGGUUGUAUAUGAAGCCAAGUCGAGUCUUCACCGAAUGA